AUGGUGUCUUUUGACGUCGUCUCACUAUUCACGUCCAUACCACAGGCCCUUGCGGUCGAAACGCUCAGUGACCUGCUACGUCAAAAUUACGACGGGGGCUAUGGCCAGCCCACAGCUCAGGAUCUCAUAGAACUCAUGGGGCUCUGCCUCAAGACAUUCUUUACCUUCGAAGGGACCACAUACGAGCAGAUCAAGGGCACACAAAUGAGUUUACCAAUCUCCGGACGCAUUGCCGAGGCGGUUCUACAAAAACUCGAGAGACGACUAUUCGAGGAGUACAAACCCAAGUUUUGGGCACGCUACGUUGAUGAUACCUUCGUAAUCAUAGACCAGGAUAAAAUCAACUACUAUGCGGGAGUACUGAACUCAAUCAUCCCCGAUCUACAGUUCACGAUGGAAUAG